CGAGUCCCGGCGCACCCGCUCGGCUCCGCAGCGCCGCAGGCCCCGGCCCCGACCCCGCGCGGCCCGAGCAUGGACUCCGCAAGCCAAGAUAUCAACUUGAAUUCUCCUAACAAAGGUCUGCUGUCCGACUCCAUGACAGAUGUCCCUGUCGACACAGCGGUGGCUGCCCAGACUCCUGCUGUCGAGGGUCUGACUGAGGCUGAGGAGGAGGAGCUUAGGGCUGAGCUUGCAAAGGUGGAAGAGGAAAUUGUCACUUUGCGCCAGGUCCUGGCGGCCAAGGAGAGGCACUGUGCAGAGCUGAAAAGGAAGCUGGGCCUCUCUGCCUUGGAGGGCCUGAAGCAGAACCUGUCCAGGAGCUGGCAUGACGUGCAGGUCUCUAACGCCUAUGUGAAAACUUCUGAGAAACUUGGAGAGUGGAAUGAGAAAGUGACCCAGUCAGACCUCUACAAGAAGACUCAAGAAACUCUCUCCCAGGCGGGACAGAAGACGUCGGCUGCCCUGUCCACCGUGGGCUCCGCCAUUAGCAGAAAGCUCGGGGACAUGAGGAACUCUGCCACCUUCAAGUCGUUUGAAGACCGAGUUGGGAACAUAAAAUCUAAGGUGGUCGGUGGCAGAGCGAAUGGCACUGAGAACCGGCCCUCCCCGACCGGGAGUGGCUCCAAGCCCCUGCCCGAUCCCACGCCUUUCUAAGCCCAUCCCAGCUUUGCCCGGCCAUGGAGAAGUGCAAGCCCGCCCUCAUCGCCACAGCCGCGACGCCGCAGCGGAGCCGCCCGUCAGACCCCGGGUGGAUGCACCGAGCUGGCUUUGAGGAGGGUCCUGCCGUCCCAUGUAGACGUGGCUGCUGUGUUCGCAUGAGUUCUGCAGAACGCGGUCUUGUACGCAGAUGCUUUCCACUGACGUUGGUAGAUGCAGACCCCUGUGCCGCCCUUCCUGGGGUGCAGGGAGUAGACAGCGGGCCCUUUGGCGGUCUUGUUAGUUCGCGAGAGCGUGGAAGGAACGGGAGUGUGAUAAGCAUAAAAUAAAUGGUAUCUCCUCAGCCUCCCCUUUCGUGACUUAUAGAAGGAGUCUGCGGAAGAAAGAUUCAUCCAGAAAGUCAUCUGAUCUUCAGUUUUUAUUUCAAAUGCUAAAUGAGAAAACUCCAUUUUUUGAAACCCUCCAGCAAGAAACUGGUUAUCAACAGCCGCCUAAUUCUUACACUAAUGAUCUAGCUCUAACAAAAGCAAAUUCUUUAUUUUUUAAAUGCAGUGAAUUUUUCGACAAUUUAAGCCAAGCGAAGCAGCUUUAGUCUCCGCUAGAAAACACUAUUUCGUUGGACUCAAGCUGACAUACAAGCCUUACAUCGCAAUAUGCUUUAUUUGUUUAUAAUGUUUUUUAUAUGAAAAUAAGGGUUCUUCAGUGGGUUUUGAGCGUUAUGUAGACUUCUGCGUCUAGCCCGAAGGGCAGCAUGUUUGGACUGUUGGUGUGUUUUGUUCAGCUGAUACACUGCAUUCCAGUGUGUGAAGCUUGCUUCUCUCUCCUCAAGGACUGGGGUAGCUCCUGCCAGUCAGAGGGCUCUGGGCCUCGGGGGGUGGAGGUGGGGGUGGGCAGGAGAGGCAGAAGCCAGCACCCUCCACAGACGGCUUGGCUCCAACAUGCCCGUUUGCUGCACCCUGGGGACAAGUGAGAAGCAGAUGGGCCCUGCCUGCAUCAGGUCGGUUGGGACUCUGCUUUCGCCUUUUCUCAGGAGCUACAAAGAUCUCAUUCCCAUUCUGAAGCUGCCACACCCCAGCAGCCUUGUGGUCAGGGCCCCACGCAUGGCGUGUGUCUGGAGGGGCAGCUCCGUGCCUUAUUGGCUCCCAGCAGGUCGAGAGCGCACCGAGAGCAGAGUCCACUCCGGGAGACCGUGGUGUCCUCUGGCAAGCCGAGUGUCCGCUGGUCACUUCAGACACCCUGGGUGGACUGCGGUCUGUGCUGGCGCCAUGGGAGGAACAGCAUUUGGUGUUUUUUCUUCAGGGUUAGAAUCACGGAUGGGGUGUGGUGAGAAAGCAGGACACAACCGUAGUAACGGAUUCAUCUUUUCCUUCAAGUGGAUAAUGGGGAAAUUGUCAAUAAAGCAUUCCUUUGGGGAAGAA